CCAUAUUGUUAUACUCUUAUGACAAGCGACUCUCGUUUUCAUGAGUAAGAGAUUAGAAGAUGUCUCCAUUUCAAGGUCUGUGUUGUCUCUGGACAAUGAAGCAGUAAUUUUCCAUUGCUGUUGCUUGCAGGGUUCAGACGGUCAUGGAAAUCCUGUAAGAGUCGUGGAGUUUUAACAUGGCAUUUUCCAGGCCUGGAAAAGAUUUGGAAAAACCCACAAAGUUUUGGAAAAGUCGUGGAAAUUACGCUCAGCUGCCAUCAGUGAAAGACAAAGACCGAGUUUAUUGAAGGACAGUGAGAAGAUGAGUGAUCCAGAACCCUGCAGAAUUAAACGGGAAGAGACUGAAGAACUGAUAGAAGUGGUUGUGAAGGAGGAGAGUGAAGAUGAGGAGAAACAUCAUGUCAAAAGUGAAACUGAAACUCGCACAAAUACAGAACAUAGUUUUAUAAUGAAAAGAACAACUGUAAAACAUUUCACCUGCGCUCAGUGUGGAAAGAGUUUCACGCGCAAAUGCAGUCUCAAGAUUCACAUGAGGAUUCACACCGGAGAGAAACCUUACAAGUGCUCGCACUGCCACAAGAGAUUCGGUGAUUCAGGAAAUCUGAAAACGCACGAGAGGAUUCACACUGGAGAGAAACCGUAUCACUGCACUGAUUGUGGGAAGAGUUUCACAAAUUCAACUUCUCUACGAUCACACAGAAAACACAACCACAAAGUGGCUGUGAAGGAGGAGAUUGAAGAACUGAGUGAAGAUGAGGAGAAACAUCAUGUCAAAAGUGAAACUGAAACUCACACAAACACAGAACAUAGUUUCUUAAAAACAGUCUUGAACGGUUUGACCUGCGCUCAGUGUGGAAAGAGUUUCAGCCGCAAACACAAUCUCAAGCUUCACAUGAGGACUCACACUGGAGAGAAACCUUACAAGUGCUUGCACUGCGACAAGAGCUUCAGUAAGUCGGGAAACCUGAAAACACACGAGAGGAUUCACACUGGCGAGAAACCAUAUCACUGCACUGCUUGUGGGAAGAGUUUCACAGAUUCAUCUUCUCUACGAACACACAGAAAAAGCAAUCAUAAGCUGAUUGUGAAGGAGGAGGAACGUGAAUUACUGAUUGAAGCCAAGAAGGUCCACUUUAGUGUUCAUACUAAGGGGAAAUUUCAUUCAUGCUCCUGCUGUGGAAAGAGUUUUACAUAUCAGCAUAAUUUAAGGCAACAUGAGAGGAUCCACACUGGAGAGAAACCUCAUAUUUGUACUCAGUGUGGGAAGAGUUUCAGACUAAAAGCAGACUUUUUAUCACACAUGCUGAUCCACACCGGAGAGAAACCACACCAAUGUGAUCACUGCAGCAAAACUUUUUUGUGGGCUUCCCAGCUGAAGGAGCAUCUUAGAGUUCAUACAAAGGAGAGGCCGUAUUCAUGCUCUGAGUGUGGAAAGAGUUUUUCACAAAGUUCACAUUUUAAUAUACACCAGAAGAUCCACACUGGUGUGAGAGAGCAUGUGUGCUUGGAGUGUGGGAAGACUUUUAUUACAGCUGUAGACUUGAAACUGCACCAGAGGAUUCACACUGGAGAGAAACCGUACAAGUGUUCACACUGCGACAAGAUGUUCAGAAAUUCAGGACACCUGAAAACACACCAGAUGAUCCACACUGGAGAGAAACCGUACACAUGCACUCAGUGUGGGAGGAGUUUCAGACGAUCAUCACACCUUCAAAAACACAUGAAGAUCCACACUAGAGGGAAAACGCAAAUGUGAUCAAUGCAGCAAGACAUUUUCCGAGCUGAAGAACCAAACUUCAUAUUUGUCAAAUGCUUGUAUAUUAGGGUUAGGUCAAUAGACAAUGCCGAUGACCGAUGGACAUCACGAUGCUGAGCCGCAUAGCAAUCCUCCACACCCAUCACAGCAGCAACCUGCUCACAAAAAUACACACGGCCCCAUUUACACUAAUACGUCUUAGUUUUAAAAUAGCAUUUCAGAACAAAACCGAUCCACGUCCACACUGGCGUGUCAUCUAGCAUUUCUGAAAAGAUCUCCGUCCACACUGUACCACUGAAAACGCACAUCACGUGACUUUGUCAUGCGCUGCAGCGUAUGCGCACGUCUGAGCUCCAGGCAGUCAGCGGGUGCUUUGAGCACAAAACCCCAGAGAUCAGUGCAGGUUGGACAGUUUAUCAAGGAUGUCCCGCUGGAUGGUGUCUCACUAUAGUUGUUAAACUUGAUAUUUAAUUUAUCUUGUCUCUAUCUAACGACUUUUGAAUCUAUCAGCUAACGUGUCACAGCGUCAGUACACUGCUUCAAUCUUUCGCUUUCACUCUUGUACUUGUACUUGAAACCUCAGAUUCUGUUGGUUGGUUCCUGUUGGUUUUGCACCUUUUUUACCAGCCAAGUUUGUGGACGCCAUUAUAACGACACAGAUCACUCUGCCUAUUCAUGCCAGAGUCCGACGGAAAAAGUGAUUGACAGGUGGUAAUGUGUGGGUAACUCAUCUUUAGUUAUUUAUGAUUUGGUUAUGGGUAAAACAAAGACCAUGCGGGUCAGGUAGUUGAAACGGUAGGCUACAAAUAUUUAAUUUGUUAUGACUUAAUUAAUUAUUCAUGAAUAAUUCAUUCACCGCCGCCUACGACGACGAUGCCAUUGUCCAUCCCAAUGUUUUACAUUAUACAUUGUACAAUGCCAAAUUUGUUGACGUCACCCAACCCUAGUGUGUAUGUUAAUGAACUACAAUCAUUUGUGAAUAGGGCAUGUGUUGACCAAUAAUAAUGAUAAUGUUAUGUCCAUUAAUGCAGUGGAAUAUUCAUUGGUUUGACUCCAGUAUGUUUCAUAAAUGCUGGACUGGUAUUCAAAUCACAGUCACCAUUAUAAAGACUUUAUUUCUAAAGCCAAAUAGUCUUACUAUUCUAAUUUAAUCAGCUCAUUCAUUCAUUUUCUUUUCGGCUUAGUCCCUUUAUUAAUCUGGGGUUGCUACGGCGGAAUGAACCACCAACUUAUCCAGCAUAUGUUUUACACAGGGAAUGCCCUUCCAGCUGCAACCCAUCACCGGGAAACACCCAUACACUCUCAUUCACACACAUACACUAUGGACAAAUUAGCUAACCCAAUUCACCUGUACCACAUGUUUUUUGACUUGUGUGGGAAACCGGAGCACCCCAGAGGAAACCCACGCCAACUCGGGGAGAACAUCCAAACUCCACACCGAAACACCAACUGACUUAAUCAGCUCAAAUGAAGGAAAUUCUUCUUACAAACUAGGGCUGCACAAAAUAUCAUUUCAGCAUCGAUAUCGCAUGUGUGCAUCCGCAAUAGUCACAUCACAGGAUAUGAAGUGUUGAGUUUGUAUUGUAAUUCAUCAUUUGAUUGUUUUUGAGGCUUGGGAUUGAAUAAUGAUUGUGCUGGAUGCCUUU